ACGCUGAGCCGCGAGCAGUGCCAUCGCAAGCAGUGCAGUCAACAAAAUUAAAAAUUUGUUUUUUUGGCCUAUUCAACAAUGUACACAUUGAUGCAUGGUUUCUACAAGUACAUGACUCAAAAGGACGACUACUGCGUGGUGAUCCUGGGCCUGGACAAUGCUGGCAAAACGACUUACCUGGAGGCCGCCAAGACGACGUUUACGCGGAACUACAAAGGCCUGAAUCCCAGCAAGAUCACGACGACAGUGGGCCUUAACAUUGGCACCAUCGAUGUGCAGGGCGUGCGGCUAAACUUCUGGGAUCUUGGUGGCCAGCAGGAGCUGCAGUCCUUGUGGGACAAGUACUACCAGGAAUCCCAUGGCGUCAUCUACGUGAUAGACUCCAACGAUCGCGAGCGCAUGGAGGAGUCCAAGAUGAUUUUCGACAAGAUGAUAAAGAACGAGCUGCUGUCGGGAGUGCCUUUGCUGAUCCUGGCCAACAAACAAGACCUACCGGACGUGAUGGGAGUGCGGGAGAUCAAGCCCGUGUUCCAGCAGGCGGGCGCCUUGAUCGGUCGUCGAGAUUGCCUCACCAUUCCCGUGUCAGCUCUGCAUGGCGAGGGCGUCGACGAGGGCAUCAAAUGGCUGGUGGAGGCCAUCAAACGACACGCAGUAGUCAGACCCCCCGCGGGAGAACGAUUAGGACAUCAGGAAAAGACAAGGGCGCAUCAGCCCUCGACUGGCUUUAAUUAGACUAGUGUUUUUGUAACUUUAGGGCUUAGGACUACGCUUAUUUGUAAUUAGCCGGGAGGAGAUUGUGAGAUACCAGUUGUACAUUGUUGUAAAUGCGGGAGAUGUCUGCUUUAUCUACGGCCUUAACUAGAUUUGUUUUCCGUUUUUUGUCGGGCCGCAAGUAGCUUGUAAAAAAAGUGAACCACGUUUUAAAGGCUAGCUUAAACACGACACUUAGAAUUGGACUAGUGCAUUACAAGUAAACUAAUUUGUAAAUAGUUGAGACCGCGCUUUGUAUUUGAGACCCCUUCCAUAAAUAAACUAUUUUUAAAAGAGAUGGUAAAUAACAUGGAACCAUAGCCCAA